UCCCUACCGGGAGGAGCCGGGGGCUGUCUGGGUGAACUGACACACACACACACAAAGGAGAGGAAACAAAACAAAGCCAGGAAGCCUGACAUGAACCUCGAAGUUCACCGCCUCUCCUGCAGCCUGCUUGCAUCCAAAAAACGGGAAGGGUUGAUUUGCGUUUGCCCAUAAACAACAGAUUUCCACGCCUCUACACCGCCCUGCUCUGCGGUUGAGGGAGAAUAAAUUAGCACCUCCAGAGUCUCCGCUCAUUUGAGAGUUCUUCACGUGCUGAUUCGACCGUCCCUUACAUCGUGAUGAACGGGAGUCGGUGCAGUGCGGCGGACAGUCUGGUGGGCGGUGUGCCCUCCUCAGUGGAGGGUCUUCCGCCGCUGCCCAAAGGCCUGAGCGGUAUCCUGAACUCCAGCGGCGGCUCAUGGCGCGAUAUCGAAAAGGUGCACAGCAAGAGAGCGCGCAUCCAGGCCGAUAUCAACCGGGGAGGCGGGGACGCGCCACGCGUCAACAGCAAGCCCGGCGGACUCGACGCUGCCCUGGCUCUGCUGCGGAAAGAGAUGGUGGGUCUGCGUCAGCUUGACAUGUCUUUGCUGUGCCAACUGUGGUCCCUCCACGAGUCCAUUCAGGAGUACAAGGGCGCCUCGCUUCUGUCUGAAGCCUCUUUCAGUGCCUAUAACGGGGACUCAGAAGAGGAAGACGAGGAAGAAGAAGAGGAGGAGACAGGGGUUCUGGCACAGCCUCUCCCGCCCUCGUCCAUAUCUGUGCCCUCGGCCAGUGGCAACUCCAGAGACCAGUGGAUCAAGGACUCCUUUCAUAUCGCCUGAUAAAGAUAAAGUCAGAUGCACCAUACAGAGACACCCUGGCUGUAUUUUCUCAAAUUUGAUGUCUCUUACUUCACUUUUUAGGACAACAUACUCUGCUUUAUGCUCCGUGAAUCUCUUAUCUAUACUUUUACAGCACAGCCUUAUUCACUUUUUUACACUAGGGUGCAAAGUCAGUGCCUGUUUGAUAAAAAUCAUGACUCCUCUGUUUGACAUUUGCAAUUUGAGGAUACUUAAAAGAUUUCAUGUGUGGCCUUUCAAAUACAUGUUUUUUUUACCAUCUA